AUGUCCGAGCUUUUGAAAGGUGUCCAAGUUGUGUUGCCAGAUGGAAAAAAGGUCAAUGGCGAAGAACAUCUCAAGGGGAAGGUUGUCGCCCUUUACUUCUCGGCUGGAUGGUGCCCUCCAUGCCGUGCUUUCACCCCUAAAUUGAAGGUUAGUAUGUGCAAAUUUUUUAAGGUCUCUGAGUAAAUUUCUGGAAGUUAGUACCUAAAAUCAUAUAUAUUUUUUAUUUUUAGGCCUAUUACGAAAAGCUCCAGGAGUUAGGGAAAGACUUUGAAGUUGUGUGGGUUUCACGUGACCGCUCUGAAGAAGAUCUCCUUGAGUAUUACAGAGACCACCACGCCAAAUGGGUGUAUCUUCCAUUCGGUGAUCCUCAUAUCCAGUAAGUGUAAUUCUGUUGCUAACCUUUAAAAUUUUUAGGGAAUUCCUAACCAAGUAUGAAGUCAAGACCAUCCCCGCAUUGAAGGUGGUUAAACCCGAUGGGACAGUUGUUGUUCAAGAUGCCCGUACAGAGGUCGCUCAGAAGGGAGGGGAUGCCGAAGCUCUCUUCGAAGAAUGGCAGGCCUUCUACAACUAA